AAAGUUCACUGAUUGACGGAGUCUCGCUAUUGGCUGACUGUCAAUGUUAUGAAACUUCAUUGGACAGACGAGCACACGCCUUUCGUCUAUCUGAAAGAACUCAACAGACGGCAAGGUGAUCCAUGUGUGUCUGACUGAGUCAACAGUAAGCAUGCUGACUGCACAGAGGGCAUGUGCAGCGAUGGCUGCCCGGCGCCUGGUCAGAGCUUCCAUCUCUUCAGCGCACACACACCGAUCUCUGAUUCACACCUCCGCAACAUGUCAGGACCAGGAUGAGCUGCACCCUGAAUGGGCCAGUCUGGCUAAGAAACAGCUGAAGGGGAAAAACCCGGAAGAUCUGAUCUGGCGCACGCCUGAGGGACUCAACAUCAAGCCUGUGUACACCAAAGCAGACUCAACCGACAGGCCAGAUGAACUGCCAGGAGUGUUUCCCUACACUAGGGGGCCCUAUCCUACCAUGUACACCUUCAGACCCUGGACUAUCAGGCAGUAUGCUGGCUUUAGCACAGUGGAGGAGAGCAACAAGUUUUACAAGGAUAACAUUAAAGCUGGACAGCAGGGUCUUUCUGUGGCUUUUGACCUUCCGACGCACCGUGGUUAUGACUCAGACAAUCCCAGAGUCCACGGAGAUGUCGGCAUGGCUGGAGUUGCUAUAGACACAGUUGAAGACAUGAAGAUGCUCUUUGAUGGAAUCCCACUGGAGAAGAUGUCUGUUUCAAUGACGAUGAAUGGAGCAGUUAUCCCUGUGUUGGCGAUGUUCAUUGUGACCGGAGAGGAGCAGGGCGUGUCUAAAGCCAAACUCACUGGCACCAUUCAGAAUGAUAUUUUAAAGGAGUUUAUGGUGCGCAACACUUAUAUUUUCCCCCCGGAGCCUUCCAUGCAAGCCAUCGCAGACAUUUUCGCCUAUACCUCCAAGAACAUGCCCAAGUUCAACUCCAUAUCCAUCAGUGGCUACCAUCUUCAGGAGGCUGGAGCUGAUGCCAUCCUGGAAGUAGCCUACACCAUCGCUAACGGCCUGGAGUACUGCCGCACUGGUCUGAAAGCAGGCCUAACUAUCGAUGAGUUUGCACCGAGGUUGUCAUUCUUCUGGGGUAUUGGAAUGAAUUUCUACAUGGAAAUUGCCAAGCUGAGGGCAGGCAGGAGGCUGUGGGCCACGCUUAUUAAAGAUAAUUUCCAGCCCAAGAAUACCAAGUCUCUGCUCCUCCGCACACACUGCCAGACUUCAGGCUGGUCUCUCACUGAACAGGAUCCGUACAACAACGUGAUCCGUACAGUGAUUGAGGCCAUGGCGGCUGUGUUCGGGGGGACCCAGUCGCUCCACACCAACUCCUUUGAUGAAGCUCUGGGUUUGCCCACAGUGAAGAGUGCUCGCAUCGCCAGGAACACCCAGAUUAUCAUCCAAGAAGAGUCGGGCAUCCCUAAAGUGGCAGAUCCCUGGGGGGGCUCACACAUGAUGGAGGCUCUCACAGAUGACGUCUAUAACAAAGCUUUGAAGUUCAUUAAAGAAAUUGAAGAAAUGGGAGGCAUGGCCAGAGCCGUGGCAGAGGGCAUUCCAAAGCUUCGUAUUGAGGAAUGUGCAGCUCGCAGACAGGCUCGCAUUGACUCAGGUUCAGAGGUAAUUGUCGGGGUGAACAAGUACCGACUGGAAAAAGAGGAGACUGUGGAGGUCCUGGCUAUCGAUAACACUGUUGUACGUCAGAAACAGAUUGAGAAACUGAAGAAGGUGAGGGAAAGUCGUGACCCUGAGGCAGCGAAGAAGUGCCUGGCAGCCAUUGAGGAGUGUGCCCGAACCGGCGAGGGCAACCUUUUAGAACUGGCUGUGGAGGCAGCACGAGCCAGAUGUUCAGUCGGUGAAAUAACUGAUGCCAUGAAGAAAGUGUUUGGUGAACACAAGGCCAGUACCAGGAUGGUGAGCGGUGCUUACCGCAGCGAGUUCGGGGAGCAUGAGGAGAUCAGUACGGCCCAUAACAGAGUUACAGAUUUUAAGAAACAUGAGGGCAGGAAUCCUCGGCUGCUGGUAGCAAAGAUGGGGCAGGAUGGUCACGACAGGGGGGCCAAAGUCAUCGCCACAGGGUUCGCUGACCUGGGCUUUGAUGUGGACAUCGGACCGCUGUUUCAGACUCCCCUUGAGGUCGCCCAGCAGGCGGUCGAUGCAGACGUACACUGUGUCGGGGUCAGCACACUCGCCGCGGGACACAAGACCCUUGUCCCUGAGCUCCUCAAGGAACUACGUAAACUCAACCGGCCAGAUAUCCUGGUCAUCUGUGGAGGCGUCAUCCCACCACAGGACUAUGAGUUCUUGUACCAGAGCGGUGUGUGUGCCAUCUUCGGCCCAGGAACCAGGAUCCCGCAAGCUGCAGUGGAGGUUAUUGACAACAUUGAGAAGAGCCUGGAAAACAUCCGGCAGGCCAUGUGAACUCAAACUAAAAGGGCUCUCUAUUAAUACUGUAUCAUCUCCAAACCCACAAGCAGGAACCUAGACUUCUGUACAGAAUCAGUUUGACUUGCGGCAUAAGAUUGUAAAAUAUAAUAGUCAUUCCCCACUGUGAGAAUAGAGCGUGUAGAAAGUGAUGAAAAACCUGAUUUAAAAUGGUCACUAAUAUUAUCCUCACAGUUUGCCAUUUUCAGUCCUGUAGCUUCACAAAAAAGUUAACAUCACAAACAUAGUGGUAAGUUUUGUUUACUGAAAAAAAUCAUGUACCACAUAACCCCUUCAGUGGGAAACAUUUUACCAGCAUGCCUGUGUGUGAACUGCUGUGGUUACAGGAUUAAUAUCCUGUAAAUAUAGAAAUUCCAAAACAAGCACAAUAUUGGACCAUGUGAUUGAAAAAUUUAAUUGAGUAAGCGAAGCAGAGCUGUAUUUUUGGCUUUAUUUAAACAUUACAUCACAACACUAUAAACCUAUGUGGAAUGCCAUGCUUUUAUUGAGAAAUGUGUGUUAUUUUCAAAAAUGUAGCCGGGUUUAAUUAGUGCCAGUGCAAUGAAGACAGGUAGUUAAAAAUUCACAUCAAAACAAAAUUCUUAUUCCCUUUAUGGAUAUUAUCAACCUGAAAGUGGCCUUCUGUCGUCUUGAUCUCUUGCAUCGUGUCUAAUUAAUCCAACUUCUGUGAAAGAUAGAACCACGAAACAGUGAUCACAAUUUAUUAAACAGGUGGAAAUAGUAUUUUUUUACUUGUGAUUCUGACUCUGAUUUACCAUCCUUUGGUCAAAAUAAAGUAUGUGAACUUUGGAAAUGUGA